AUGUUGAUUAACAAGCAUUAUUUGAGCAGUAAUCAUGGAAUGUGCAAAAUUUUGCACAUAAUCACCGGGUUCAUCAUCUCGUCGCUUCUCUGUGCCAAUUGGUAUGGCGGAAGGAGCUGUUUCAGCGAGAAAUAUGUCGCAAUCCCCGCGGGCAUUAACAUGACGUUGGUAUUUGUCAACAUUCUCGUUUUCAUUUUGAAUUUCAUCGACUUGGGAAAUCGACCACUGGUAAGUUCAGCAUUUUUUUGGUGCUUUUAGUGUUUUUUUUUGCACUGUGCAAUCUUUAACGAAUGAAAAAUUACCGUACUGUGGAGAUUUUUGGAUUUUUUUUUUCAAAUCUGCACUGUGCAAUCAAAAUUUUUUCUUUGAUUUUAUUGCACUGUGCAGGCAGAUUCAAAUCUUCACUUUUUUUCUCCUUGCACAGUGCAAUGAAAACAUCAUUUGGCGACAAGAAAGAAAAGAAAUUUUUCGCACUGUGCGGACCAAAAAUAAGCCUAAUUUUGUUAUUGCACAGUGCAAAAUAAAAGAAUUUUCUUUUUGCUGCACUGUGCACUCAAAUUUUUAUGUCGCGUUUGAUUGCACUGUGCAAUUUUUUUCAUUUUUUCUGUUGCACUGUGCAAUCUUCAAUGAAUUGGAAUUAGCGAUCAUCCGGCGACAAGAAAAAAAUUUUUUCGCACUGUGCAGUCAAACGAUCAAAAGUUUAUUAACGAUGCACUGUGCAAAACAAAAGAUUUUUCUUUUUGCUGCACUGUGCACUCAAAUUUUUUGUCGCGUUCGAUUGCGCUGUGCAAAUUUUUUUCGUUUUUUCUGUUGCACUGUGCGGUCGAAACAUUAUUUUGAUGAUUGCACUGUGCGGACCAAAAAUAAGCCUAAAUUUGUCAUUGCACAGUGCAGAAUAAAAAAAUAAGUAAAAAUUUUUGUAAAAUAUGCGCAGUGCGAUAUAUUUUUGAGAAAAAAUUAUUAUAAUUUUUGAUUUUUUAAAACUUUUCACACAUUUUUUCAGGAAAAAUACUACUCGAUGUUGUGCAUCGUCCUUUAUUUUACGGGAAUGGGGAUUCUGAUCUGGUACAUGAUCCAAUUCAACAACCAACGCGGCUGGUUGGCGGCGUCGGUGGUGCUCUUCAUCCUGAACACAUUUUUGGCAUUUUUUGACGUUAAAAUUCUUCAAGGCGAUAUUGAUGAUGAUUAG